AUGAAAUAUCCAACAAAUUAUCUAAAAUUACUUAACUUUAGACUGCGUCAGCAUUCCUAUGUACCACGGAAAAACCUGCAUACUACCUCGAACACAGAAGGACCACAGCUAGAAGUUAAAUUCUCAAAUGGACGUAAUCUCCUUAUGACAGCGGGUCGCUAUGCCCGUUUUGCCAAUGCCACUGCUGUUUGUGAAAUGGGUGAUACAGCCGUUAUGGUUACGGCAGUGUCAAAACAAAAACCCACACCGGGAACAAAUUUCACUCCUUUGGUUGUGGAUUACCGUCUUAAAACAGCUGCAUCGGGAAGAAUUCCAACAAAUUUCUUUCGUCGUGAAAUGGGUCCAUCGGAAAAGGAAAUUCUCUCGGCCCGUUUAAUUGAUAGAUCUGUGCGUCCUCUAUUCCCUGCUGAGUAUAGAACCGAGACCCAAUUGGUGUGCAAUAUGUUGGCCAUGGAUGCUGUCUAUUCGCCAGAUGUAUUGGCAUUAAAUGCCUCUUCGUUGGCACUGAGUUUAAGUGAUAUACCCUGGUAUGGCCCCAUAGGCGCUGUGAGAUUAGGUCUUUGUGAUGGUGAAAUAAUUGUCAAUCCCACACGCCGUGAAUUACAAUCUUCCCAGCUGGAUUUAGUGGUAUCGGCUACGAAACAAAAUCUCGUUGUUAUGUUGGAGGGCAAAGGCAAUGUUGUGCUGCAACAAGAUCUACUUAAGGCCAUAAAACAAGGCACCCGAGAGGCACAAAGUAUUGUUGCCGAAAUUGAAAGGCUGCAGAAGCUGCAUGGUAAAGAGAAACGGCCAUUGGAACAAAUUGCCACAGUUGAUGAAGAAAUCUCUGCUGCAGUGCGUAGCAUGAGUGAAAUGCGUCUUCGCGAAAUCUUUCAAGAUGCUGGCCAUGACAAAAUAUCACGUGAUAUGGCUGUUAAUGAUGUACGCACAAAUGUUAUUGACAAAGUGUGGUCCAGUUAUCCAGACACCGAUCCUGCCCUUAUUACCGAUGAAUUUAAUCGUUUUUGUAAAACGAUAUUUAGAGAAUUGAUUUUCGAAACAGAUCGUCGUUGUGAUGGUCGUGAUUUUGAUAGUCUGCGGAAUAUCAGUUGUGAGGUUGAUUUAUACAAGCCCUUGCAUGGUUCGGCACUUUUCCAACGUGGUCAAACUCAAGUGUUCUGUACGGUGGCAUUGGACUCACAAGAAUCUGCCAUGAAACUUGACACACUAUCGGCAUUGGAAAGUGGCAUUAAAGCCAAAAACUUUAUGCUGCACUACGAAUUCCCCCCAUAUGCCACCGGUGAAGUUGGCCGUAUUGGCGGUGUCGGCCGCAGAGAAUUGGGCCACGGUGCGUUAGCGGAAAAAGCUCUCGUUCCCACACUGCCAAAUGAUUUUCCCUUUACAGUAAGACUGACAUCAGAAGUACUUGAAUCGAAUGGUUCCAGUUCUAUGGCAACCGUUUGUGGUGGUUCAAUGGCCCUGAUGGAUGCCGGUGUACCCGUCUCCUCACCUGCCGCCGGUGUUGCAAUUGGUCUUGUUACCAAAUAUGAAAAUAAUGACACCAAACACUUGCAAGAUUAUCGCAUUUUGACAGAUAUUUUGGGUAUCGAAGAUUAUUUAGGUGAUAUGGAUAUGAAGGUGGCGGGUACACGUAAAGGUUUCACAGCCAUUCAAGCCGAUUUGAAAAUACCCGGCAUUCCAUUGAAAGUUGUUAUGGAGGCAUUACAAAAAGCUACCGAUGCUAAGGCGAAAAUAUUGGACAUUAUGUCGGAGGCAAUACGCGAGCCGAGAAAAGUUAAAAAAGAUUGUUGGCCCGUUACGGAACGUAUAACCAUAGAACCACAACAAAGAUCACAUUUAAUUGGUCCGGGUGGUUUGAAUUUGAAAAAGCUCUACAUUGAAACUGGUUGUACGGCAACAACGGAAGAUGAGACCACAUUUACAUUAUUUGCCCCCUCCCAAUCGGCAAUGCAUGAGGCCAAGGAAAUGAUUGACACCUUUUUGGUACCCAAAGAGAGAAUACCUGAUUUAGAAUUUGGUGGCAUUUAUACCGCAAAAAUAACAGAGAUUCGAGAUACUGGUGUUAUGGUCAUUCUAUAUAAUGGUAUGCCUCCGGCAUUACUGCAUAAUUCACAAUUGGAUCAGAGAAAGGUUGCUCAUCCCUCCGCCUUAGGCCUUGAAGUUGGCCAAGAAAUUCAAGUGAAAUAUUUUGGUCGUGAUCCUGUCUCAGGUUUUAUGCGUUUGUCGCGUAAAGUUCUACAACCUACUACCAGCAUUAUACGUAGCCUUAAUAAAUCCAAUGCCAAUGAAGUACAAAAUGAUAACUCAACAACACCACCCACCUCCUCUUCCUCCUCAACAUCAUAG